ACUAGUUAGAGGUGUGGCUGUCAAAGGAGGCGGUCUCUAGGUUUCUCUUUGUCUUUUAUUUUCAGAUUCUCCCCUCUCUGUCUCCCUCACUGUAUAUAUAAACGUAUAAAGAGAAUGGCUAGUCCUGAAACAAAGCGAGCACUACAAGCUUUGAGAGGAAAACAAGACAACAAUGCCUGUUUUGAGUGUGGUGCUGUCAAUCCUCAGUGGGUGUCUGUCAGUUAUGGUAUUUUUAUUUGUCUUGAGUGUUCCGGGAAGCAUCGGAGCUUAGGGACUCAUGUUAGUUUUGUCCGAUCGACUACAAUGGACAAAUGGAAAGACUCUGAACUUGAGAAAAUGAAGGUGGGUGGGAACAAAAAGGCGAGACAGUUUUUUGAUAGUCAUGGAGAGGUUCAGAGAGGAAUGAGUCUCAGUGACAAAUACAACACAAGAACAGCUGCACUCUACAGAGAUAAGAUCUUGUGCUUAUCCGAGGGUGGAGAAUGGAGUGAAGAGAAAUCGGCUGCAAGACAUCAAAAGAAGAAGUCAUCAAGGAAACAGAAGCAAGCAGAGCCAGACCCAGUCCCUAGCAGUCGCCUUGAGUCAAUUGAUCUUGAAGGUGAUCAGGAUUUAGAGGAUUUCCUAAACGACACUGAUAGUUCGCAAAAGGUAGGAAGAAAGCAAAGGAGCAGUGAGAGGAGAAGAGAGGAAGACCCGGCCUCACUCUCUAGCUAUCAAACUGGCAAUGGCAGUGAGGAAAGUACCACUGCUAGUAAAUAUGUUGGAUUUGGUAAUCCUAACUAUGAGAGGAGGACUGAAGAAGAACAAGGAUCAGAUUUUUGGAAUACAUUACAAUCAGGCUGGAGUUCAUUUAGUUCUGGUGCUUCUAGUUUAGCAUCACAAACCGGACAAGGUCUCUCAAAGUUUGGCUCUACUGUCAAUCAGAAUGUCCUCAAGCCCUCGGCAGCACAGGCGAGCAAAUUUGGACACUAUGUGAAUGAUUCAGUUAUACAACCAACCAGACAGAAGGCACAAGAGGGUCACUUGUGGACUGACAUGUCUUCAUCUGCCAGUCAAUUUGCUACUAAGGUCAAAGUAUCGGGAGAGAAAGGUUGGACCGGUUUUUCAAACUGGAUUCAAAGUAGUUUCAAGACAGAGGAAGGGAGAGAGAAUCAACAAGAAGAGGACAAUCAUGAAGAAAGGGAAGAGGAAGAGGAGGAGGAGGAAGAAGAGGAGGAGGAGGAAGAAGAGGAGGAGGAGGAAGAAGAGGAGGAGAGAGUUCAAUCAACAAAGAAAAAUCUCUUAAUUGAUUUCGAUGAAGAGGAUACCCCUGUGAUUAAAAAUGAACCAACCCAAGACUUACUGAUUGAUUUCAACUCAGACGCUCCUCCCUCCGAUAGCACUACUUCUAAAAAGUCUAGCAAAGGGAAAAAGGAGACAGUAUCUUCUGGUGGUGGGGAUUGGGAUGGCUGGGGGGACAAUUGGGGCUGGGACUCCUCAUCCUCCAACAGAAAAUCUGAUUAGUCAAUGAUAGGUUCUAUUAUAAAUCUCAGCCUUGUGAAGCAUUGUUGAAAUAAUAAUAAUAAUUUGCGAUUGAUUUAUCAUUUUGUUAAUUUUUAUUGAAUUAUUGCAAUGAAUUUUUAAGAUCAACGAAA